AUGGAAGAGUUUGACAGUUCAGAAAACAAUACACAGCAUAUCCGAUUUGCUAUGCAGCAAAAUAUGUACUUGACCCUCAAAGUUAAUGGAACUCGUUCAGGGUGGAUACCCAAGACACUGGCUGCCAUCAAAAGAAAUGAUGAUAGCAUCGUGGUGACUGUUCCCAAACCUUUCAAGGACAGUCCUCCCAUGUUCCGGUAUUACUUUAUCCAUUCUAAAGACUAG